CCCGCCAUGCCGCGACUCCUCUCUCCACGCGCCCUCGCGUCGUCGCGACUCUCCCUCGAAGCGACGGUGCUUCCGGGUCGUCGCGCGCGCGCCUCGCCGCGCGCGCGCGUCGCCGUCGCGCGGGCGUCCUCGCUGACCAUCGCUCGACCGGACGACUGGCACCUGCACGUCCGCGACGCCUCAAAGCUCGCCGACGUCGUCCCGUUCACGUCGAAGACGUUCAAGCGCGCGCUGGUGAUGCCGAACCUGACGCCGCCCGUGCGCACGGCGAGCGAGGCUGAAAAGUACCGGGAACUCAUCGCGAAGGCGGCGCCGGCGAGCGACGGAUUCGAACCGCACAUGACGCUGUAUCUCACGGAUAACACCACGGUAGAGCAAGUCGAGGAAGCGCACGCGUGUGGAUUCGUGCGAGGGUAUAAGCUGUACCCGGCAGGGGCGACGACGAACAGUGAAUUUGGGGUGACGGAUGUGGCGAACGUGGCGAAGGCGACGAAACGCAUGGCGGAACUGGGGCUGACGUUGCAAGUGCACGGAGAAGUGACGCACGCGAGCGUGGACGUGUUCGAUCGAGAGGCGAGAUUCAUUCAGGACGUUUUGAUGCCGCUGUUGGAUAGAUCUCCGGAUUUGAGGGUGGUGAUGGAACACAUCACGACGCGCGACGCCGCCGAGUUUGUCGCCGCGGCGGGGCCGAACGUCGCAGCGUCAGUGACGCCGCAACACGUGCUGUUCAAUCGUAACGCCCUUUUCAAGGGUGGUUUAAGACCACAUUUCUAUUGCUUGCCCAUCUUAAAGCGUGAGGAGCAUCGCGAAGCCGUGCUCGCGGCGGCGACGAGCGGGAGCGGCAAGUUUUUCCUCGGCACCGACAGCGCGCCGCACCCCAAAGGCGCAAAGGAGGCCGCGUGCGGGUGCGCGGGUAUCUUCUCUGCGCAUGCCGCGUUGCCACUCUACGCCAUGGCUUUCGAAUCCGUCGACGCGCUCGACAAGCUCGAGGCGUUUGCGUCGCACAACGGAGCCGACUUUUACCGCGUCCCGCGUAACACCGAGACGGUGACGUUGGAGAAGAAGGCUUGGAAAGUGCCGGAUGAGUACAAGUUUGGUGACACUACGGUGGUGCCAUUUUACGCGGGUGAGGAAAUUCCGUGGAGCGUGGUGUAA